AUGAAGGACCGACUGGCACAACUGAAGGAGAAUGCAGAUCAAACACCUGAUGAUGUGGAAAUCCAGGUGGAAAAUAAAGAAUUUAUGGAUGAGUUUUUUGUUCAGAUAAAAGAGAUCCGAACCAGUAUUGAUAAGAUCGAUGAGAAUGUGGCUGAGAUAAAGCGCCUGUAUUCCGUCAUUCUCUCUGCACCUACCUCAGACCAAAAGACACAAGACGACCUGGAAGCCAUCACCAAUGAAAUCAAGAAAUUAGCCAACAAUGUUCGCAAUAAACUCAAAAGCAUUGAGCAGAGUUUAGAGUCAAAUGCAGAGGAGAGGGUUUCAGCCGAUACACGGAUAAAGAAAUCUCAGCACGCUGUCCUUGCAAAAUCGUUUGUGGAGGUUAUGACCAAAUACAAUGAAGCACAAGUGGAGUUCAGAGAGAAGAGCAAAGGGAGGAUUCAGAGACAGCUAGAGAUCACGGGUAAAACCACCACUGAUGAGGAGCUGGAGGAGAUGCUGGAUGGUGGCAAUGCUGCCGUCUUCACAGCAGGGAUCAUGGACUCGGCCAUCUCCAAGCAGGCCUUGAGUGAAAUCGAAGCGAGACACAAAGAUAUCAUGCGACUAGAGAGCAGCAUUAAGGAGCUGCAUGACAUGUUUGUGGACAUUGCCAUGCUGGUGGAGAAUCAGGGAAGCAUAAUCGACCGGAUUGAAAGCAACAUGGACCAGUCUGUGGGCUUUGUGGAAAGAGCAGUGGCUGACACCAAAAAAGCAGCCAAGUUCCAGCAGGAAGCCCGGAGGGUAAAUUGGGAAAUUAAUUAUCUCACAGAUUUAUUAAUAUCUGGGGUCAACUCACAUCCAUGCCUGCAAUUGAGCCAUCUUUUAAAUGGUGAUGUUUCAUUUGCCAAACAGAAUAAUAAUAAUAAAACUCAGGGUUUCAACAACACACUAUAUGGCCAAAAGUUUAUGGACACCUGA